AUGGCCCGCAUCAUCGACCUGUGUGUGACCACCGGUGGACAAGACCCUCUUCCCUCUUUUCUUUCUACAGAUGAGUUUGACAAUGCCCACUUCACACUCCUCGGUGUCCCCAACAAGCCCCUACAGUGCUUGGACAUCACGGCGACUGGCCAGAAGCUCCGAGACAGGUAUCACUCGGGGAAGCUGGCGCCCAUCGCUCCGGGCAUCAACCGGCUCGACUGGCCUUGCUUCACGCGCGCCAUAGAGGACUGGUCCCGCUUCGUGUCCUCGGCCGGCGAGUUCAAGCUGCCCUGCUCAGACAAGAGGGUUGAGAGCUUCAGCGGCUACGCGGUGAGGUACUUGAAGCCGGAAGUGACCCAGAGCUGGCGGUACUGCCUCAACCAGAACCCCAGCCUGGACCGCUACGGACAGAAGCCCCUGCCCUUCGACUCCCUGAACGCUUUCCGUCGCUUCGGCUCCCAUUACAGUCGAGUCAACUACCUGACCCCUUGGCAUUAAUCUAUGAAAAGGAGACUGAUCCUCAGGCUGCCAGAUGUGCCACCUCAGGCCCCCAUUGGACCAGGGGAUGUGUGGUAGCACCAUCUAUCCCCCACCUCAGCCUGGCUAGAAAUAAACGUAAUGCUCCUACAGAG